UCUCGGCCCUGAUUGGUCUACUGUUUGUCGGUCAACGCUGCGGCCGCUCCCUGUUGGCUGUCCGUGCUGUCAGUCAUCGGGGGGCGGGCUCAGGAACAUUCCUCCUCUCUCUGGUGAAAAAAAAAAAAGAAAGUUUCCAAGAUGGCGGCGUGGAGCUGCAGGUCCGCUGGAAAACAAUAGAAGCAGCGCAGAGGGACAGUUAGCCGCGUCUUAGCUGCUCCUGACCGGGGAGCCGCCGCCUCGCCACCGCGCACUGCCCGCCUCGGCCCCGGGGAGGCUUAUCCUUCACCUCGGGACAAACGCGAUCAGAGAAUGGUGCUUCAUUUAAAUGUUUGAUGCUCGUCGAGCUACCGUCGCCCGAACAGAGCGCUAGCAGCUAGCGGCUACACGGAGGCGGAGGAUCAGCUGUUAGACAGAUGCUGUAGGAAGAGCCGCAGCUUCGCUUCACAGUAAGUGGAUUUCAAACAUUACUACGUUUCACUGUGUGGACGCAGGUGCUGCUCGGGUGGGACCGCGGGUUAGACCUCACAACCGGAGGGGACGGGAUGGGUUCACUACCGAACGACUCGCUGCCAACUUAGUGAGUGUUAGCAUGUUAGCUGCUGCUGGCUAGCACAGCCGAGCUAAAUACUCGAGUUAAUAAAGUUUGAGACAAGUUGUAGAGUCGCAGCGAUGCUUCCACAGACCGAAGCCGUCCAUCGACCACUACCUGCGGGCAGAGCAGCAGCUAAUGUCCGCUAGCUCCGGAACCAGCAGGUAGAAGCGGCAGCUCGUCGUUUUAAAGGAAUUUUCGACGCUUCAACUUUGAUUUGUGUGGAGGAAUGUGCUCAGUGAAGUGAGCCCGACGGGACUUGGGUCGGUGGCGACGCCGCUUCGCUUCUGCACAUUUAGACGCGGAUGAUUUAAAGUGGGGCUCGUAGCUCGGGGAUGACCACGGGAAGGUGCGGGGUAGGUUCGGGGGUAAAGUCCGCAGCAGGACUCCAGCAGCUCUGGGUCACAGACACUUUAACCAGCCGCUGCACUGAUGAGCUCCGUAGUUUUCAUUGGCUUUAACUGAGAUUAACCAGGAGGCUGAAUGGUGUUGCACCCAAAAACCUUCGUUUCCCUGCCCGGCAGUGAGUGCCGCUGUGACCGAAGCCAUUAGCAAGACAAAGGUCGCCUCCAUGGAGCCAGCACAGGAGUCUUUGUAGAGGGCGAGGGGGGGGGUGUAGACGCCCACGGUGAAAAGAGCCAAUUUCAGCUUUUUAUGGACGAAACCUGAGCCGGAGUUUACUACAAGUCUGUAUUGAUGAUGGCGGAUUUUGUUACACCGCGACACAGCGCGGUGAUGGAGAGGCUACGCCGGAGGAUCGAGCUCUUCCGGCAGCAUCACAACAGCUGCGAGAGCCGCUACGAGAACGCGACGCUGGAGCGGCUGGAGCUGGACAGACAGCAGACCUUCGCCCUGCACCAGCGCUGCCUGCAGGCCAAGGCCAAAAGGUCCAACAAGCACCGGCAGGCCCAGCCCAGCGGGGACCAGGCCGGCCAGAGGGCGCCGGGAGGCGGCGGAGGAGGAGGAGGCAGCGCGGAGCUCGCGGAGAGCGGAGGGACGGCGGCUGAGCAGAGCCGGAACAGCACCCUGAUGGCGCUGCAGGAGACGGUAAAGAGGAAGCUGGAGAGCGCUGGUUCUCCGUUGGGCAGAGACCAAGUCAACGGCUUCAGUGACGGGUUCCCCCCCAACAAGAAGGCCUGUCUGGACAACGGCACAACCAACGGCUCCCCGCUCGACUCCAAGCUGGGGAUCAGUGACUCUCUGACCUCUAACGGGAACCAUGGGCCUGCGGGGGAGUCCACAGACAGCGGUGGCGAGCCAGGUUUGGACUUCCUUAGGAAGGAGAUGAAGCAGGAGCCCGAUGACAUGCUGCCCAUCAUGCCUCCAUCAGGAGGAGGCAACAACAGCCUGUUCCCUGACCUCAACCUAAACGAGCAGGAGUGGACGGAGCUGAUGGAGGAGCUGAACUGUGCCGUGGCAUAUGAGGACAUUCAAGACAUUCUCAACGACGGCUUUGAGGACCGCAAAGACCCUCUAGAGCUGGCGCCCACUCCGGGUGGGGGUGGGUCGGUGGGGGGAGGAGCAGGAGGUGGUUCGGGGGGCCAGCCGUCCCAGGGACUACUUCCUCCAGAUCUGGUGAGUGUGAAGACGGAGUUCUCUCCGGCCUCUGCAGUUUUCGAGCAGGACUCUCGCACCGGCUCCCCCCAUGUAAGGUCCACCUCCUCUGGGCCGCCUCCUCACCCCACCAGCUCCCCCAUCGCCUCGUCCUCUGCCUCCUCUCCGGCUCUGCCUCCUUCCCAGCCCGCUCCCAACCCCAGGCAGCUUCAGCCUCCCCCCAACCACCUUCUCCCUCCGGGGCCCCAGGUGCCUAAAGAUCUUUCCCCUGCUCAGCAGCUCCAGCAGCUAGCAGCCCAGCAGCAGAGGGCGCAGCACCUCCACGGCCAGAUGCAGCACAAACAACCACAGCCGGGGGCCAAGUUCCACAACCAGGGGCCCCGUGCCCACCCCCCACCUUGGCCCCAGAUGGCCAACACUUCUCAGAGCCCAAUAGGGGGAGCGUUUGUUAUGGACAAACCCACGAGUCCCUCCUUGUACCCACAGGACUUUAACCCAAAUGCCCAGAAGCAGCUGCUGAUGCCCGGUCAGCCCAACAAAGGCCCCCCCAAGGUGGGGCCUGGCGGCUACAUGCCGGGGCACGGCGGGCACCCUAACAUGCUGGGUCACCCGACAUCAGGGCCUCCUCUUGGUCACCCUCAGGCCCCUGGACCUCAGGCCCAGGCCGCCAUGCUGAACUACAACAACACCAAACCCCUGUCACACUUUGAGGCGGGGCCCGGGCCUGGGCCCCCCCGGCCCCCCAACACCCAGAGCCAGAACAAGGCGGCCCUGCUGACGCUGCUCAGACAACAACAGCAGAUCAAACAGAAGAACAGCAUGAACUUUCGCCAACAUAUACCACACGCACAGGACCAGAACAACUACCCCGCUCCUCCUCACGGCCCAGGCCCCGCCAACACCAUGGCACCUGCGCCGGGAAACAACGGCAUGGCGACUCAGCCCGGGGCGAACGCCAUGGCAGGUAGCCAUGCUAACGCUGCGUACCUGAGCAACCAGGCGGCGGUGGCGGCGGUGCUGAAACAACAACAGCAGCAGCAGCAGCAUCAGCAGCAGAUCCUGGAGCAGCAGAAGCAGCAGCAGCAGUACAUGCAGAGACAGCAGCUCAUGGCUGAACAGGAGAAGCAGCGGCAGCAGGACCAGCAGCUUCAGAGGCGCCUGACCCGACCGCCACCGCAGUACCAGGACCAGCCGGGCCAACCAGCCAAUCAGAACCCUUUCCCACAGCAGUCAGUCAACCAGUUUACAGCUUCGUCUCAGCCAAUGGGCAGCGUCGGCUCCAUGGGAGGCCCCGCCCCUGGCUCCCAGCGUAUGUUCCCUCAGAACCAAGGCAUGAUGGGAAUGAAUAUGGUUCAGGGCGGUGGGCCGGCAGGCGGUGUAGCUCCGCCCUCUGCGGCGAGUCAGUCUGACAUGAAUCUGUCGUCCUGCGGAGGGGGCGGGGCUGGCGUGGACGUCCAGCAGGUCCUCUACAAUAACAUGAACCUUCACCCCAACCACCCGGGCCACACGCCGCAGCAGGCCGCCCUGCAGCGUCAGGCGCUGGGGCCCAUGAGCGCCUCCUACAGGCAGAGCCUUCUGGCCCAGCAGCAGCACCUGAAGACGCAGCCCAACGCCGCCAUGCUGAAGCAGCAGCAGCUGGCCGCCGCCCGCAUGCCAGGCUCCAUGCAGAGCAGCAUAGGAGCCAGCCUGCCCAGCUCCAUGCCAGGAAACAUGCAGAGUGCACAGAGCGCGGCCUGGCAGCAGCAGCUCGCCAACCAGCCGCCCUCCGGUAGCGCUGGCCUGCCCCCCAACGCCUUCAGCAACACGCCCAACGCCUUCCACAUGCAGCAGCAGCAGCAGCCUCGCAUUCCCAAGAUGCCACCGGGCGCCGCACCCUUCGGUGCUAACCCGGCAGGUCGCCCAAUGGGGGGCCUGAACCCCGGGCAACAGAUGAUGCAGGCGAGUAUGGCUGCAGCCCAACAGAGGGCGCCACCUAACCCUCAGAGCCUGGGCCAGCCCAUGGCCAAUCAGCAGCAGACUCAACAACAGCAGGCCAAUCAGAGCCAGGCCGUCCUCCCUGACCUGGUGGCGUUCGGACAGCCGCAGGGCAACGGGCGGCAGGGCCUGCAGUGUAAUCAAGGGUUCCAGGUGAGCAGGACGGCCAAUCAGCAGCAGCAGCAGGUGUCGUUCGGGUACAACAUGGCGUCGGGGAGCUUCGCUGCAGAGAGCGACCUGGUGGACUCGCUGCUGAAGGGUCAGAACCCUCAGGAGUGGAUGGCCGACCUGGAUGAACUGCUCGCCAGCCACCAUUAGUCCAGAACCUGGAGCACCUGAGCCCUGCUGAGCUGAGGCUGCGCGUUGGAAACCUGGACCACGAGCCGCCGCUCCCAUCGGACCAUCAGACCGUUUAGAUCUGGAGAAAAGAUCCAGACGAGGUCUGUGAGAUAGCAUUAGCCCCCCCGGCCAAUGAGAAGCAACCAGUGGGCAGCCGAUGGCGUUCAUCAGUUUCCUGUGGUUGAGCUGGGGACGCCACACUGCCUGUCGGUGGUAAAUUAGUUAUUUUCAACACUGACCCGUUGACCAGACGUUUUCUCCCCCCCGAGGGAGUCGAGCAUCUUUCAGCUCGUUCACAUCGACAGUUGAAACUGAAACACUCGUCAGCUGGACACGUUUAAAACAAACCAGCAAAACAUCCAAACCAGUUCAGACGCAGAAACGAACUCUGACUGAUCAGGACUGAAACCAGGUCCCAUUCAGAAAUAUGACACGUUAACAGGAAACAGCCGUUAAACAUGUUCCGACUCAUUCUGUGAAUGUUUGAUCUGAUUCUCGGUUGAAGACCCACGAGCUGCCGUUCAUCACAGAUGAAUCUGUCUCGUGACUUUGAGUUUAUCACAUGAUGUGAUAUAGAAAAGUUUCAAAAUUUAGUUUUCAAACAAAUAAAAGCAUCUAAUGGAGGAAGAUUAGUUUUUGAUAUAAAAGUUUUUCAUCACAAUUUCACAUUAAAUCAAUUCAUGUUUUUCAACAUGUGACACAAACUUCCAGAGAAAUGAGGUCAUCGGUGAACUUGAUUUAAGAAUCCCCCGAGCGUCGCCUGGAUUCCAUCUUUCCUUUGUGUUGACGUGUGACUGAAGUCAGGUGUGUGGAGAUAAAUGUGUUAACGUUACACAGACUGAACUGAGUUAAUGAUGACUGAACUAACGACCUCAUGCUACCCCCCCCCCCUCCACAGCGCCACCUACAGACCACCAGCUCUGAGUCGCUUUAUUCUUUUAUGAGAUGGUCACAUGGCUUCAUUUUAAAGAAUCAUUCCCUCAUUGAAUGUUUAAUAUUCACUCUUUCACAACCUGAGGUUAAAUUCUCAGAUCUGAGUUUGUUCCAAAAACAAACAAGAGACGAGAUUUUUUCUUUUUCCUCUUUUAUUUCUGUGGUUUUACUUUUUAUUAUUUCAGUCCUAAAAUUAAAAGUUGACUUGAUACUUCAACAAUCUGUAAACAAGUUACAACCUAUUCACACUGUCAGCAAAUAUCUGCAGCAGAUAUUUAAAUUUCUAACAAUACCUUAAGUUGACUGAUUAUUAGUCAAUAGAUAAUAUUUAGUAACAGUUUAGCAGGUAAAGCCGUGGAAAGCUCCUUUAAAUAUGAAUCUAAAGCUUCAGUUGUCACAUUCAUUAAAAAAUAUCCAUAAAACAAACAGGAAACAUUCAAAAACACAUUAACUUGUUUGUUUCCUGCUGCUCGAGUCUGUGAUGAAUGAAAUCGCUCUGAGGAGGAAACCUGCUCAUCUUCCCAAACACAUAAAUCCAGGUUAAUGUUCUCGAUGGUAAAUUUACAUCUGUGAUAUUUGACAGCUACAUUUAAAUGUAUUAUUUAGUUUUUUAUCUUGAGAAGCUAAAAUCUGAUUCUUCAAAGUGUUUUUUACAAAUGAAAACAAAUUAUUCUCAGAGCUGUUCAUGAAUUGUUGACAUGAAACCGUUUUUCACAGUUAGAACUUGAACGCAGCGUUUCAGCUCACGAGUUGUUUCUGAAGACGCAUCAGAGAAUCUAACGUGAUAUAAAGUUGAGUCUUCAUGGUUCUCAUGAUGGAAACUAGCCACCUUACAUCCAAACUCAUCGUUUCUGUUCUGCAGCUCAUUAUUUAUCAUCUUCUCAAACGUGGAACUCUCUGUUCAAGGUUGACUGGUGAGCAGGUGGUCUGCGUUAAGGUGGACCGGUUUAAGGUGGACUGGUCGUUCUAUCUACUGUACUGUUUGACUUUUCAACGAAACGUAUGCAUCUUGUUUUUGCAGACAUGUUGUGUAUUUUAUUUGUAACGGUAUAUUUGCUCAACAAAAGCUUGGCGCUGGUUUCCCGACUCUGCCGCCGGUUCUUCAGCUUCCAGCCCGGCUCGGCCUCCCGGGGCUUCUGGGUUCAACUGUUGUGUAAAUGUCUAUAAAUAUAUUUUUUGUAUGUAAGCCUUUCCUAAUGAUCUGGAGAAGAUAGAUGUUAUUUUUAUAUAUUGCUGCGGAUUUUUUGUAAGUAUUUUAUACUUUUGAUAUGGUUCUCUGUAAAACAAGAGUAUUAUGUAAAUAUAGUUCUUUAGAAACA